UGUUGGUAUGACUCACGCCACGAUAUAUUUAUUAUUAAAAGUUUGUUUUCUGGUAAUUGACAGGUUAUGUUGAUUUGUUAAAAUGCCUAAAGACGGCUUAACUGCAGAUAUCCGUGCUCUGUACAAGAAGAAAGCAGAAGAAGAAUUGCUUGUAUUUGGUUACUCGUGUAAACUCUUUCGGGACGACGAGAAGGCUAUUUACAUAGAUCAAAAGAAACAUCUGAUACCAUGGAUGGGGGACGAGACGCUUCAGAUAGACAGAUACGAUGUGCGCGGCGCUUUGGCCGAUUUACGACCUUACGAGCCAGAGAACCUACACACUAUUCUUUCAGAAUCAGAACGACUUAUGGAACAACUUUGUGACGGUGAAAGGUACAGAGCAUUGCAUCGAGAUGAAGACGAGGAAGUUAUGUAUCGAGAGGAAGAAGCUAAGCGUUUGGCAGGAAAGGCGUAUGGACAGGUUUCGUUUGCGUAUGACGAGCCCGGUGGAAAAUUGAUGGACAAGCAAGACAUUCCCGAGGAAGAAGACGAGCCAUUCGUUCCAGUGUUUGAAUUUCCUGCAAGUAUGACUCUUCCAAGUACUGUAAAAUUAAAUACAAUCAUCGAAAGGACUGCAAUGUUUAUAAGUCAACAAGGACCACAAAUGGAAAUUCUGUUACGGACGAAACAGGCAAGUAAUCCCCAGUUUCAGUUCUUGACGUUGGGUACACCAUUGCAUCCUUAUUACCAGCAUCUACUAAUGUUAAUUAAAACAGGUCAUUAUCAUCAAGUCAAGCCACAGAGAAGUGAAGAUGAACAUUAUCUACAUCCCACUUUGGCUGGCAACCAAUCGCGAGUAGAGUUAGCACCCUCUGUUCCAAGCAUCAGUUACAAGCCAUCACCAGACUGUGCAUAUUCAAUGCUUGUCAGUGAAAUCAAAACGAGACAAGCUAUUUGGUCGGAUGCGGCCAGCAGUUCUCAAGUUUCAGCCAGUAACGAAGUAAACGAAAGUCCCUUGCCCUCUGUGUUGCACCAGGAGGACUCCAACAGCAGUCAUGAAAGUGUUGCCCCUCCCCUGUCAGAGAACCUCCAAGUCAUAAUCGACAAAAUGGCCAAGCACGUGGCAAAAAACGGGAAGGAAUUUGAGGAGUUGAUCAGGACCAGAAAUGAGCAUCAGUUUGAGUUUUUGAACCCAGCACACUAUCUUUACUCCUAUUACUGUGAGAAGGUGCAAGAACAUAAGGAACUCGAGCAACAACAUAGGCCUGCGAAAGAAGAAGCAGAACCGCAAGAAAAUCUCAAGAUCAGCACAAAGCAAUCUGGAAAGACGACACCUACUCCUGUUUGCUUUUCUAUUAGAAAGCCAAAAAACAGUGAAAAUGUCCUUAAGGUUCCAAGUGCUCUGUUAGUGGAUGGGGAGGACUCAUUAUCAGGCGUUGAAGAUGGUGAGCAAGAAGAUGAAGAGAUGAGAGCAAAGGAAAAGCUGAUCAAGCAGGAGCGCAAGAGACGAGCAGCAGCAUUCCUGACCCACCUAGGCAUCGGCCUGCAAGCCGCGGAGCCGCCCUUUACGCAUGCCGGUACGCCAGGGACCCACGAUGCAGGGAAACUGAGAAGAAGCAGGGAGGGUGGGCAUGUAUCGGAUACCAAGAGUGAUGUGCAAUCACGGACACACAGCAAAGAUCAUUUGAGUUAUCGGAAAACUGACAGUUCAAAAUCCCACACAAAACAUUCGAGUAAUAGUGGGCGUAGCAGAAGAGACGAUGGUAGUCGUCCACACAAGCGAAGUCGAUCGUCGUAGGCAUUAUGCUUGUGCUGUACAGUGAUAUUCAAAACCUUUGUAAAAUAGUGGAACAAUUAUUUAUAAAACCAUUUUAUGAACUAAAUAUGUGAUCCUACAAGUAAGUUUAUCAUAUCGUACAUGAUGAAAUAAAUUUUUAUAGUUGCUUUAA